CCUGAUUUCUAAGUUUAGUUUUUAUUGUGAUUUUAUGGACUAGUAUAAUACCUAGUCCUAGUGUGUUUUUCAGUUUAUAUUAAGGUAAGAAGUAGGUUAGUAACUAAUGCACUUGGUUGUGACUACUACUUACAUAAUAAUAUUAAUUGUACAGUUUUAUUCCUAUUUCAGUUUUUAUGAUGGUUAAAUUAAGUUACUGCGCUGUUGCUGGAUGCAGAGAUAUGGUGUCAACAAGGCACCGAUUUACGUAUCCUAAUUACAAUAAUAAGGAUUUAUAAAAAUGGGUACAGGCAUGGUGGUAAUGAAAAAUUAUUUUCUCUUGCACAUGAGCAAGUAUAUAGGACUAGCAGGGUGUGUCAUCACUUUAGACCUGAAGAUGGAUCCACAAAUAUGUACUUGAAGAAAGGCUCCUAUCCCAUGCUAUUCUUACCGUCCUCUGCUUCUACCUCAAGUGCACGUUCAGAGGAAGUACUGGGAACUGAAACUGUUCGUGAACUUUCUACACCAGAACCUCGACCAGAACUUUUGUGUACUACUCUCAAACAUUCACUUCCUUCCACUUCCACUUCAUUAUUGGCUGAUGUUGGUGUAUUUAGAGAAGUACAACUAACCCCUAAGGCUAGAAAACUGUACAGAAGGGCCACAGGCCUGUUAAAGACAAUGAGAACACUAAAAAGUCAUAGAGCAAAACAUCCUAGGAAACGGCUAUAUGAACAAUUUACAAAGGAUGAAUUUCUAGAACACGUAACUACUCCAUUGCCAAACUCAGUUGCAACUUUUAUACAGUGUCAAAUAACCCAGAGUACUAGAAGGCGCCACGGACGAAGAUAUUCUAUAGAUCAAAAAGUUCUGGAAUUGGUUUUACCAAAGCAGAGUGGCAGAGCAUAUAAAACUAUACAAAAAUUGUUUUAUCUUCCAUCCAGAAAAACGUUAUCAACAUUAUUACAUCAUAUUCCUAUUGGUGCUGGUAUUAACGAUCCGAUAUUUGACAACUUGAAGGCAAUUUCAGCCUCGACUUACUUUUUUCUACAUGUUAAUUUGUAAUUCUACUUAUAUGAUCACCUAA